AGUCUUUGUCCAGCCUCUGUUCCUGCGCAGUGAACCAGAUCACCCAGCGAGCGAAACAGCGGGAGCAGCUACACACAGGUCUGAGACCCAGCAGAGGCCGGGUUUCAUAUAACUUUCAUCGAAGCGCCAUCUGAGAACAAUCAGCCAUGCUGCUGGGAGUGUUCACAAGUCUGUACGACAUCAUUCGGAUCUCGGGAUCCGACAAGCCCACCGUCGACACCAGGGUGUUCCAGCUGCACUACAAGUGGACCCGGCUGCUGCUCUUCGUCUUCUGCAUCAUCGUGUCGCUCAACUCCCUCAUCGGCAAGCCGAUCGCCUGCACCGGAACGGCGGAAGCACGUCUGCAGGAAGUUAUGCAGACCUACUGUUGGAUCACUGGCACGUUCACGUACGAGAAGUACUUCAGGGACAACCAGAUCGGAGCCAGUCAGCUGACAAAGGUGGGCGUCGGUCCCGGCCAUCCUGAACACGACGAAAAGAAGCACAUCACCUACUACCAGUGGGUGCCGAUCGUGCUCUUCCUGCAGGGCGUGCUGUUCUACGUGCCUCACUGGAUCUGGAAGAUGUUCGAGGACCAUCGGAUCCGCCACCUGAUCGAGGGCAUGGUCGAGGCGCGCAUGGAAGAAAAGAAGCGACGUCAGCGUCAGGCUCUUGUGGUGAGGUAUCUGGUCGACAGCAAAGGAACGAACGAAUGGUACGCCUACCAAUACGUCUUCUGCGAGAUUCUCAACUUUGCCAACGUCAUUCUGAACUUGGCGCUCACCGAUAAGCUGCUCGGAGGAGACUUCUUCACACUGGGCACGCGUCUCAUCAAGUACGAUCCGGAGGACCCGACCUCGGUGGACCCUUCGCACUACACCUUCCCAAAGCAGACCAAGUGCACGUUCCAGUAUUUCGGCGCGUCCGGCACAGUGUCGACGAUCGACUCCAUCUGCAUCCUGCCCAUCAACAUCUUCAACGAGAAGCUGUACGCGAUGCUGUGGUUCUGGUUCGUGCUGCUCGGACUGGUGACCGGCUUAAACCUGCUCUGGCGGCUGGCCAUGAUCGCCUCACCGGUCCUGCGCGUCUGGGUGCUUCAGACCAAAGACCACACACACGACGUCGGCAACAUGAGCGUCGUCACAAACGUCGUCAACGGCAUCAGCUUCUCGGACUUUUUCUUCGUGUGGAUCUUUACCAAGAACCUGAACGGGCUGGUGCUGUUCGACUUUCUGCGCGAGUACUCGGCAGGGGUGGCCGAGGACCUCGCCCCCAAGCGCCGGCCGCGCCUCUACCCGACCCUGCCGCACUCGAUGCAGCUGCAGUCGCUGAACUCUCCGGGCGGCCACAGCAGCAGCGCCCAGGACUUCGAACUCCGCAAACCCCUCACGCCUUGCGAUGACACUGAUCCCGUCUACAGCUCUGUGCUACCCGCCAAACGACGCCAGUGACCACGCCUGACCCGGUAUUGAUAUCACAGUGUCGCCGUAAAUGUUAUAGCGCUGUGUACACGCUGUAACGUGGCAUCAACCGCAUGACUUCUGAUGCUUUUAAAUGAGAAAUACAGGUCCUGUUUCAUA